CAAAAGCGGUGAGGCUGAGGAGCUUCUGUUCAGUCAGCUGCAGACUUCAGACUGCACGGGCUGACUCUAAUAUGCACGAUGCCCUCUCCGAUCCCUGUGACCCGCCUGCUCCCCAAAGACAUCUACCCCUUUCUGGACAUCGGGACCUGCAGCAGCCCACUGACCAAACACUCGCACGGCUCCACCUUACAGGUUCCCGUCCAGCGGCUGCACGGUAGAGUGGCCAGCAGGCUCUGGUCCUCUGUGAUCCACUGGAAGGAGCUGCGGUCCAUGCAGCCAGUGGGCUCCGGGGGAUUCGGCUCCGUCUACAAGGCGGAGUACCUCGGGGACACCGUCGCGCUGAAGAAAGUCAAGAAAUGCACAAAGAACAAGCUGGCGUCCCGACAGAGCUUCUGGGCCGAGCUGAACGCGGCACACCUGCGCCACAGAAACGUCGUGCGCGUCAUCGCGGCCACCACCUGCGUCCCGGCGGAUUUUGGAGAUGAGAGCAGCAUCGGGACGAUCCUGAUGGAGUUUGUUGGGAGCAGGAAUCUGCAACAGAUCAUCUACGGCUGUGAAGAGCUGGGGGAGGACCGCUGGCUCAGGUACUCCACGGACAUCGCGCAAGGCCUGCGGUUCCUUCACUCGCACAGCGUUGUGCAUCUGGACAUAAAGCCAGCCAACGUGCUGGUGUCCAAUGAAGACGUCUGCAAAAUCGUUGAUUUCGGCUGCUCUCUCAAACUGGACCGUGGGUGUGAGACGAGCACCAUCGCCCCCCACCUGAGCCACAUGGGCGGUACGUACACGCACAGGGCCCCUGAGCUGCUUAAGGGCGAGGAGGUGUCUCCUAAAGCGGACAUCUUCUCCUUCGGGAUCACCCUGUGGCAGCUGAUCACCAGAGAGCAGCCCUACACUGGCGACAGGCAAUACGUGGUCUAUGCGAUGGUGGCGUACAAUCUGCGGCCGUCUGUGCAGGACUACCCGGUGUUCCGCUCGGAGCAGGGGCGACUGUGUAGCACUCUGUUGAGCCGGUGCUGGAGCGGAGAGGCCACAUGCAGACCCAGUGCUCAAGAGCUGCUGCCAUACCUGGAGCAGGUGCGCUCCCAGAUAUGACUCGAUUUUUACCGCUGGUGCACAUGCACCGGCUGCUGAGGGUUCGAUUCAGUGGGACGGUUUUAGAAACGUUUUAGUAGUUUUUCAGGACCAAGCAGUGGACCCACCUUUACGCCGAAUCCCAUUGGGGAAAAAGUGUGGAAUUAAGUGCCUACUUGUUUAUCUGCCUCAGUAAAUAUUGUGAGAUGACAUGCACAUUGCACAGUGUCGUUUUAGCCGCCACUGAUUUAAAACACAGCAGACAUUUUGUUCCAUCGCAAAUUCCACCUUAAUGCAUUUUUGGUUGCAAUUGUGAAAUGUAUUGUACAGUUCAUUUUAAGUAUUUCUAUGAAAUCAACUGCUGCACUUUGUUCCAAUGUGGUUAGUGUGUUGAGAGAAGGCAGAUCUCUUUAUGAAGAAAAAUAACUUUCUUGGAUUGAGAUGCCACUUGGCCCAUUAGUUCAAUAAACUACAUUUUACAUUCAGAGGUUAAAGUUUACAGUUUGCCAGCACCUCAUCUCACAAACUGUAUAUAAAGUGUGUGUAUAGUUACUGUGAAAGUUCUGACUUUGUUUUAUAUCUGUUUAUUUCUUAAGUUUUGGAAUCAGAUGUGCUGUGGAUUGACUUUUAUUUGCCACAAUGAUUGUACUGAGAUUUAAG